AUGAUUAUCGGAACUUUAAAUAUUAGAGGGGGCGGCAAUGCUUUGAAAAGAAGGAGGAUUAAUUCUUUAAUAUUAAAAAGCAAGGCGGACGUUUUCUUGAUUCAAGAGACAAAGAUUAGGGAGUUACAAGACUUUGUGGCUAAAAGUUUUUGGAGUGGUGGUGAUAUCGGGUAUUCCUUUUCUAACUCUUCGGGAAGGUCGGGGGGAAUUUUGACGUUAUGGAAGGAGCAAGCUCUUGAAGUUAUCUUUAGUUUCAAAGGGGAGGGUUAUCUUGGGAUUAAAUUUUGCAUGGAUAACAAUUUCUUUUACUUAUUAAACGUGUAUUCGUCUUGUGAUGCUUCGAAAAAAAGAGUUUUAUGGCGGAAGAUUUUAGAUUUGAAAGAGGAUUGGGAUGAUGGAGAGUGGAUUAUAGGAGGUGAUUUUAAUGCUAUAAAGGAUAGGAGAGAGAGGAAGGGCAGAUGGGUUGAUUCCAAUAGUCAAGAUUUUAGAGGUUUUGCGGAUUUCAUUGAAGAGACGAGAUUGGUAGAUGUUCCUUGUAAAGGAAGAAAGUUCACUUGGUAUAGCGGAGAUGGGAGGUCGAUGAGUAGAAUCGAUAGGUUUCUUGUGUUGGAAAAGGUGGUGAAUGAUUGGGGUGUAGUAGGCCAAUUGGUGGGGGAGAUAAACGUUUCGGAUCAUUGUCCGAUUUGGUUGGAAGAAUGGAAGAGUUUUAGAGUACAUGGUAGAGGGUAUUAUGUUUUAAAACAAAAGAUUUUUCUUCUCAAAAGUAGUCUUAAAAGGUGGAAUAAAGAGGUUUUCGGUAGGUUGGACUUGGAGAUCCAAGGCGGAGUUGGAACCAUUAAUAAUGGUGAUGCUUUGUUGGAAGCGGAAGAGGAGUGGAUGAAGGAAGGUGAUUCAAAUAGUGGUUUCUUUCACAAAGUAAUGAAGGAGAAGAGAAGAUUUAACCACAUCGGGCCUUUUAGCACUCCGGAAGGUAUGGUAGAAUCGGUUAAUGAUAUUAGAGAUUUUGUUGCUCAUCAUUUUGCUAAGAAGUUUAAAGAGGAGUAA